AUGGCUCGCUGUCGGGCAUUGCUACAGCUCGGUGCAACAGCGGCAGCCCUCUGGGGCUAUUCGGUGUUGCCGCUCUCGAUGGUUACUGCAGCGCCAACUCCCGAAUGUUGCGCGCUUCUUGCCCAAGUCUUUCCUGGUGAUGUCUCGCCUCGAGGCACUGAUGUGUGGACGUUUGAGAAUGAAGACUUCUGGUCUGCCACUGAAAUUCGUAACCCAUCUUGUGUCUUCCUGCCAGACUCAACCGAAAAGGUUGCGCAGGCAGUUGGCCUUUUUGUGGCCAACGAAUGCCGCUUCUCCAUCAAGGGAGGAGGCCACAGCGCAAUCCCCCAAGCCGCAAACAUCGACGAUGGUGUCCUCAUGCCCAUGAAGCUUCUCAACACGACCGAGGUGGACUUGGAAGCUGGUUCCAUACGUGCAGGAAUGGGCCUGUUGAUGAGAGACAUCUACCAAGCCCUUGACCCUCACAAUCUGACUGCUAUGAUUGGCCGCUAUGAGAAGGUCGGCAUGGGCCUCACUGUUGGAGCUGGCAUCUCGUACUUCUUCAACCGGGAAGGCUUUGCGGUGGACAAUGUCCUCAACUACGAGGUUGUUCUGGCAAACGGUUCAGUUGUGAACGCCAACCAAACGAGUCACCGCGAUCUUUUCAGGGCCCUCAAAGGUGGGAACAACAACUUUGGCGUGGUCACGCAUGCCACCCUGAGAACAGUGGAGACUGAAGGUGCAGUGUACGGUGGUGUGGUGUACUAUCCGGAGUCUUCAAUUCCCCAAGUGACGGACCAAAUUUACGACUACCACACCCGCCAAGCCGUCGAGGAUACUCUCACCCACGUUCUACCUCAGUAUGGCUACAAUGGAACGUCAAACGAAUCCAUCGCAUUUUGCCCAGUAAUUUACAAUCGGGCUGUUGACGAGCUGCCAGAGAUCAUGCGCGGAUGGGUCGACACACCAUACACCCAGAGCACGUUGAAGAAGAGACCAUACGCCGAUCUAGCGUUUGAACUUCAUGACGGUUUCCCCGAUCGUCAAGUCCAAGAGCAGCGUGUCUUCACUGUCUACGCCGAUGCCGACUUGUAUCGCGACGUGUGGGCCGCAUAUCACAGCUGGCUCCAACAAUGGCAACACAUCCCUGGGCUUUAUGGCCUGCAUGUUGUGAUGCCCAUCACUCAGAACUCGCUGGUGGCCAGCUAUUCGAAAAGCUCAAAUGUCUUGGGGCUGAAUGACAAUCUGACCAAUAAUCAAACUUUGGGAGUGCUGUACUUUGGUUUGACAAUGGACAGCAUGGAUGACACGGCCGAAAUUCUCCCCGCCCAUGCAGAGUUUGUUCAGUCCAUGAUCGAUCUUGCCAAAUCGCGAAACCUAUGGCAUCCGUACAUCAUGCUAACAUACUCUGGCUGGGAUCAACCUGCUAUCGCAAGCUAUGGUCCAGAGAAUGUCGCCUUCCUCUACGAGGUACAAGCCGCUUAUGACCCAACCCAUGUAUUCCAGAGAUUGGUCCCCGGAGGACAAAAGUUGCCCGAACCUGGGUCUUGGUAG